AGAGAGAGAGCCAGGGGAUUCGUGACGUCACUCGGGCGCGGAAAUAAAAAGGUGGUCCCGCCGCCAAAGGGAGAAAAGUGGGAACUUUUCAGGGCGGGGGAAGUUUUGCUCCUGCUCGCCCUCGGAGCCACGGAAGAAACCCUCUUCUCCCCAACGCUCCUUUGUGUUUCAGCUCCCCUGGACGGAGGUACUGAGGGGGCAAGACGGCCCUGAUUGUAUACAUCCUGUCAGAAACCGGCUGGGAAGAUGCCUCAGAACGUGGUUCUCCAAGGACCGGCUCCUUGGGGUUUCAGGCUGACCGGAGGGAUAGAUUUUAAGCAGCCAUUAAUCAUAUCCAGGAUCACCCCAGGAAGCAAAGCUUCUCAAGCGAAUUUAUGUCCCGGUGACAUCAUUAUAGCUAUUGAUGGCUAUGGCACAGAGAAUAUGACUCAUAAUGAUGCACAGGAGAGAAUUAAAGCAGCCAUGCACCAGCUGUGUCUGAAAAUUGAAAGGGGAGAAACAAAACUGUGGUCUCCACAAAUAUCUGAAGAUGGCAAGCCACAUCCAUUCAAAAUAAAUCUGGAAGCUGAACCACAGGAUAUGGGCUACUUUGAACACAAGCACAAUAUUCGGCCCAAACCUUUCGUAGUCUCAGGCCCAAGCAGUGUAUGCAGUACUCCUUCUGGUUUUGACGGCGGCAGUGGACGUAGCACACCCUCUUCAGUUAGCACUGUUAGCACUAUCUGUCCUACUGAGCUGAAAGCUGCAACUAAGAUGGCCCCCAACGUUCCCUUAGAAAUGGAACUUCCUGGUGUCAAGAUUGUACAUGCUCAGUUUAAUACACCAAUGCAGUUGUACUCAGAUGACAAUAUUAUGGAAACUCUGCAGGGGCAGGUUUCUACAGCACUGGGGGAAGUAACCCCGAUAAGUGACCCAGUACCAGCUGCAGUGCCCCAGUCUGAUGUUUACAGGAUGCUGCAUGAUAAUCAGCAAGGAUCUAGCCAGCCACGCCAGUCUGGUUCCUUUAAGGUGCUUCAAGACAUGGUCUCCGAAGAGUCUGAUGGACGGCCUGUUACAAGGAGUGUGAGAGCACCAGUCACAAAAGUGCCAGCUGGCGGGGGAAGUGUGCCCAAAGUGCCCUUGUGUGACAAAUGUGGAAAUGGGAUUGUUGGCACAGUAGUCAAGGCACGUGACAAACACAGGCAUCCGGAAUGUUUCGUGUGCUCUGACUGCAACAUCAACCUCAAGCAAAAGGGCUACUUCUUUGUGGAGGGGCAGCUAUAUUGUGAAGCUCAUGCACGGGCUCGCAUGAGGCCUCCGGAGGGAUAUGAAGCCGUCACUGUUUAUCCCAAGGCUUAACUGUUUGGAGAUGCAAAUACCUGCAUGCAUACAUAAGGCCUUAUCAGCUUACACCAAUGAUACAACUGACUGCUUGAAUCCAGCAUACUGGUCUUUUAAAGGGUGGGAGACAGAAAGGAUGGAGAAAUUAGGGAAGGAUUAUAUUUCUCGUAGCCCAUAUUGGGGUGUGUGCGUGUGCAUAUAUACUGUUGCUUUGGCUGCCAAUAUAAUCUGAAGAUAGAUAAAAUUGAGAUGAUACACUGUACUAUAUUAAGCAACAGCUGAGUACUUGUAUAUUUCAUUAUAGCAUCCUACAGCAAGAGAACGAUAGUUUUGUGUAGACUUUCACAUCCAAUUUUUAUUUAGCACACACUGUAUGAAAUGGACACUAUCCACUGCUGCUGUAAGCAGCCGGUGCAGGAGAAUAUAUCCUUUAGCAUAAAAGCAUAUGUAUUAUGUGAAGAGACCUGACUGUGUUCAUUAUUCAGUGUAAUGCCACCUUGAGUCUCCUUAUCAGGAGAAAAGCAGCCUAUAAAUAAGACAAAUAAAAUAAAUAAAAGUG